AUGAUCAUCUCAUGGGCAAUUCCGCAGACAUCAGUUUUCUGGAUUGCGGCUGAAAGAAUACUGUAUCACUUUAGUGAGACGAUCCGGGAAGGCAAGAAAUCGUUGGCUGUUUCCAUUUUUCGGCUUUUCGUCAUAAUUUCAACAAUUGCCGCAGACAUUUUGCUCAAAUUGAAUUUUGAUUCGCAUUAUCCGUCGUCGAAUUCGACGUACGACUCUGCCGACAACGAAUCGGUCUUAGUAAACUCGCUUCUCCAUAAUUACUACUUUGAUAGUUUUCAUGCUGAUUCCCCCGUUACUGAAAUCUACUUCUUGGCUUCAAGAUGUGCUCUUCCAAUCAUUUUCCCUUUAUCAUUUAUAAUAUUGAAUAAGGAAUUACGAGCUGAUUAUAUUGAUGGGUUGAUAUUGUGUCGAAAAGCAAGAAAUGCCCAUAAAGAGAGCAAAGUGAAAGUAAUCGCAACACGAGAGUCUCAAGAAUCAAUAAUUGCGAAUUUGAAAAUGAUCGGAAUUCUCAGCGAUAUCGAUGGUGGUCCCUCAACGGUUUCUCAGUCUGGUCCGAGUACUACUUCAAUAAGCAGCGAAGGAAAACGAGGCUCGAACGGAAUAUCGAGGGAGCGAACUUCAACGACUUCGACGGGAAGCGGCAGUAGGCAACAGAUGAUGUUCACCACACGGAACAAUGCAAAGAAUUCGAUUCCAUCCGUAUCAGGAUAA